AUGGACUGCGCAAACCUACCCGACGAAAUCUGCAGCGAGAUCCUCUCGUGGCUGCCGGCGAAGCAGGUGGCCAGAUGCCGGAGCCUCUGCAAGGGCUUCCACGCCGCCACCCUGAGCCUGUCCUUCGACCUCCGGCAGGCUCGCCGCGCGCAGGGUGACGCCGGCGUCUUCCUGCGCGGCUAUUUCGGGCGGUCCCAGCUGGUGUUUACGGACCAGAGCUCCGGCGUGCCCCCCGAGUCGGUCCAGUUGCUGAGCGACCGCAAUAAGACGAUUCUCGGGUCCGACGGCGGGCUGGUCGUCCUGCUCGAGGAUGGGCAGGAGGGCCCGGCCUCCUCGAGGCUAUUGCUCUACAAUCCCGCCCGGCGGACGUCGUUGCCCCUGGGGCUGCCAGGCGACGCGAAGAUCCUCAACAACAUGAGCGCCGGCGCCGCCGUCCUCGGCGACGGCGUCGACGUGGACGUGGUCUGCGUCACCCCGACCGACUACUGGAGCUCAUUCCUGGAGUGCUGGCUCUACUCUUCGUUGGAGCGGAGGUGGAAGCUGGUGAGCGACAACGUCUUCGUAGGCCCAAGAAACAUCAAGGUCGGCCACCCCGUCGUCGCGUCCAACGGGCUCAUCUACUUCGCCUCAACCUGCGGGGGAUACAUCAGCCAACACCCCCCCUACAUCGUUGCCGUCGACGUCAGAGUCGGGAGCUCCAAGAUCCUAUCGCUGCCGGAGAAGGCUGUCCUCGCUUCGGACGACGGCGACAUAGAGAUCGCAGGCUCCGGCAGCGGCUCUCUCCUCAGCCUGGUCGUCUACAACGGGGCAUCCGAGUUCACCAUCUGGGACAUGAAGGACCCCGAGCGGUGGGUGUGGGAGGAGCGGGCCCUCCAGGUGAGCAUGGCCUCCAUGGGGCUUGAGCCGAGGCCCGUCGGAGGGUUCUCUCUGGUCAAUGGUGACAUCCUCGUCUUCACGGCGGAGGAGUACGUCUACGUCUACGACAUGCACAGCGGCGAAGGCCCGAGGUUGAUCAGUUGCACACCUGGGUGCGGUUCCCACAUCUGUUCGUACGCCAACACCCUCCGACCAUGCGGGAGAUCAGAGCAGGGCUGA